AUGGCCAUGGCCGACCUCGUAAUGCCUCGACUGCCCGACCAGCAGCAAUCCUUCUGGCAUCGCCAGCCAACGGGCCACCAGCGCUCCUUCUCCUAUCACAUGCCACAACAACAACAGCAACAACAACAACAAUCACAACUACAUGCCCAGUUCCAGCAGCCGCUGCACCAACAAUACUCUCUACAGCAGCAGCAGCAGCAGCAGCAGCAGCAGCAACAGCAGCAACAGCAACAACAACAGCAGCAAAGACAACCAACACCGCCGCAGUCGCAGCCCCUUAUCCAACAGUCUUCCGACAUUUCGCCUCUCAGCACCUCAAAUAGCACGUCGCCUGUAUCACCCAAGAACUACCACGGCCGCCAGGUUCGCCCACUCUACGUGCCUGCCGUUCUGCGCCCCAACGAGUACCCAUCCGCUGCGCAAAAGCCCGUCGCCUCGCCCAAGGGUGACGGAGAUGACGACGAGCGGGCCAUCCGCUCCAGCGGCAGCUUCACCAGCCUGUUCGGAAUCUCGAGCCUGAGCAGGCUGUCGCGGAGGUCCACUGCUGACAGUGGCAAGUUCGUGGAUUGGGAUUGGGAUCUGGAAAACUACCCCAAGGUCCACGGGCAGCCUACAAGGAAACACUGGAAGGCCGAUUCCGAUUCGGAGGUCUGCGACGACCCGACCUGCAGGAAGUCCUUCAACUACUUUGUCCGACGCCAUCACUGCCGACGGUGCGGCAACAUCUUCUGUGACCCCCACUCCAACUACGAGGUGCCACUUGACGAGAGCGCGAACUACAACCCCCGUGGUCUGCUCAGCCGCUCAUGCGCCCACUGCUAUGGUGACUUCAAGGUAUGGCGCAGCAGGAACAGCAGCGACGCAUCCAGCGCCGGUCAGCGUUCCGCGAAAGGAAGCCAAACCGUGCCCGCAAGUCCGAUCUCUGCCACACCUGCAAAGGGCAGCCCGACGACACCCGGCAAAGCCCAGGCUGAAGUGGCAGUCAGCGUGCCAAGCGAUUGGAACUGGAGCACCUUCUGA